AUGUCGAAAAUCAAUGAGGGCCGUCUGCCCAAUUUGGUCGUACCUGUGCCUUCGGCCUAUACUGGUCAACUAUCCUAUGGGCCUUCGGAGAGCACUCCUCAUAAUCCUCUAAUAUACGACGCAAAUGCCGACUCAAAUCAAGAUGUCGUUGGGUCUGGCGUGGCAGAGGUGGACAGUGUCAAGGUCGACAGUGAUGAUGAAAAGGGCGACGGAAAGACCUCGACGGGCGCGAAACGAUCGUCGCUCCUCAUCUUCCUGAAAGAUUCGCGAAUCUACGUCCGGGUCCUCGCGAUCGUCAUCAUGAUCAUAUCAUUAUCCUUGAUCCUCAUAGCAGUCGUUCAAUUUGCGCAAGCAAAAAAGAAGCCAGGCCAUCCUCUAGAUGCUGUGCCCAAGCCGUCUAGCAUCACCGAUUAUCCUUGCAUUGUGUUUUCUGGAGUCGCCGCGAUGAAUCUCGUACUUAGCAUCAGCCUUUUUGUUCUGUCUUGUGUGUCAAGCAAGUUCAACAAGAGCGUCAAUGCUUUCAAUGCAGCGUUUGCUAUCCUCAGCGCUAUCGGAUUUGCUACCUCGAUGGGAGCUUGUUUCUUCCUCAACAAGCAGACCAAGCUGAGAAAUGAUUUAUGGAAAUGGUCUUGCGACAGUCACAAAGCAGGCGUGAUCACCGACGCCCUCGAUUUUCAACUCGUCUGUCAUGUUGUAAAUUAUGGCUGGAAAUUUGGACUCGUCCAGGCAUCCUUGGAACUUCUGACAUUUAUCAUUUCUGUCGCGGCUUUUAUCAUUCUGAAGUAUUCUUACUUUGUUCGUUACGGACGUACAGGCAGGAUAUUUUGA